AUGGUAAAUAUUUUUAAAAAAAUCUUUAAACGCUUUAUAAAACCUUGCAAGAAACGACAGACAAAACGUUCGAUCCCAAUCGAAGAGAAACAAAUAUUAUCAAAUGAGUGUAUUCAGCAUGUAUUCAAAUUCGUCGGUGAUAAAGAACUUUAUUCUUGUUUAUUUGUGAACAAAUAUUGGUGUGAGAAUGUGAUUCCAAUCUUGUGGAGUCGACCUUUUCGUAACUUAUCACCGCAACAUCAAUCGAAAUUAUUACCAAUAUAUCUUGCAUGUCUUACACCCGAAGAAAAAACAGCACUAAAAAAAAUAUUUAGAAAAAUAAAGAUAAAAAUUCGGGUACCUAAAUAUCAACCUACUUAUAAAUACGAAACAUAUUUACAAGAACUUUCAUUCAAGGAUUUAGAAGCUGCUAUAUUUUCGUGGUUAAAUUCAUUAUUUCGUAAACCUAUCAAAAAUACUCAUGAUGCGAAUGUGCAAAUAGAACAUUUAAAAUCGUUAUUAUGUACAUUAUUUUUUCGAUCGAGUAAGAAUUUACACAAGCUUAUCAUUGAUAAGCACUUGUCUUUCACGGACAUUCCUGAAGUUGUAGUGUUUUCAGAAACAGGAAUUCUAACUCGACUUAGAAAACUUCAAAUUAAUUUUCGAAAAUCAGAAAAUAUUAUCGACUUAUUAGAAUCUUUACAUAUAUAUUGUAAAAGUCUUGAAUAUUUAGAAAUUAAUUUUAUAGAAUUCGAAAAUAACGAAGCGAUAUUUAAUUCGAUAUCAAAUCUUAUUGAUAAACAAGAAAAAUUACAAGAACUUCGAUUGGGAUAUAUUCAGUCGAGUAAUGGUACUAGAACAAUAUUAACAUCGAUUAAAUCUCAAAUACAAAAUAUAAAUUCAAUUUAUUUCAAUGAAGUAAAUUUCAAAGGAAUUAGUUUAAAAGUUUUGGGAACAUGUCCAAAUUUAAAAAAUUUAGUAUUUUGGAAUUCACAAGGACUUGCAAUACAAAAUGCAAAAAGUUUACAAGAUUCAAAAUAUCAAUUGGAAAAAUUACAUUUAUGGGGACAACAAAAACAAUCAAAUGUUUCAGCUAAUAUAAUUCAGGCAACUGGAAGAACAGUUCAACAAUUAUGGAUAGAUGUUUUAACACCAGAAAUGAUUAAAGCAAUCAUCGAUUAUUGUCCACAACUUACCGACCUUCGAAUAAUGGAUUAUCAACCAAAACAAGUUCCAUUUCUUUUAAACUUACUUAAAGAUGUUAAUAAUUUAGAAAAACUUACAAUAACUAGAGAAACUGUAGUUGAAAUGGGAGUUGUGAACUUUUCUGGAAAGAAUAUACCAAAUAAUCUUAAAUAUCUUAAAUUAGAAUGCGGAUUCACUACAGGACAAUUAGAUAAAUUAUUAAAAACUUGCAAAGCACCUUUGAGAACAUUAAUUGUGGAAUAUUUUAAGGUUGAAUUUGCACAUUUGAAAGUUAUAUCGGAUUACGCAAAGAAUACAAAAAGUUUAAAAGUACUCGGGAUCGGAGGAAAGAAAGAGUAUAGCCGAAGAGAGCUAAAAGAAAUUAAUAUUUUGGAAAAAGAUUAUGGAAUAUAUGUUAUCCCUAUACAUGAAGUUCAUGAUUG